ACGUACCAUGAAACAUGAAUUCUGCGGUCACCUAUCAUUACGAAGAUGGUUGAGAAGAUGAAGCAAUCAGUUUCAGACAAGGCUAGCCUUAAUUUCUCAUCACCAUGAAAGAAGGAAACUUAAUCAGUACGACGUAGCUAGCCCUGAAACAUUGCUUGGGAUAUUACAAAAGCAAGAGUUCUAAACCAUUUUGGCUCGGCGGCGUCUCUCGGACGAAAGAUAUAUUGCUAGCAGGAAUAUGGCGGUCAACGUCAGACUGAUGGAGUCGACAGUGGUCAGGCCAGCGACGGAGACACCACGGCAGUCAUUGUGGCUCUCGAACAUGGACUUGGUGCAGCCCAGCACUCACACUCCUAGUAUUUAUAUCUACAAUAAGCCAAAAGGUGCAGACAAGGUCGACAUGGCUGUCCUCAAGGACUCGCUCAGCAAGGCUCUUGUGCCCUUUUACCCUUUGGCCGGCCGUCUGAAGCAAAAUAUGGACGAGGGCGACAAGGGUCGACGUCGUCUAGAAAUAGAUUGCAAUGCGGAGGGAGCCUUGUUUGUUGUGGCCGAUAGCAGCUCUUGCAUAGAUGACUUGGGCGAUUUUGCACCCACUCCCGAGUUCGGGAGAGGGCUCCUCCCAACCGUUGAUUAUUCCGGCGGUAUAUCUUCUUAUCCUCUGUUGCUGGUUCAGAUCACCUACUUCAAAUGCGGUGCAGUGGCUCUUGGUGUUCGCCUAGAUCAUCAUUUAGCAGAUGGGUUAUCUGCUCUUCACUUUAUAAAUACAUGGUCUGAUAUUGCUCGUGGUGCGGACAUUGCAAUCCCACCAACGAUCGACAGGACAUUACUUCGUGCUCGAGAACAACCUCGGACUUUACUCGACCACAAUCACCACAUUGUAUACCAACCUCCUAACGACCAUGGAACGACUGGGGCAGAAACAGUCGUCUCGGUUUUUAAAUUUACCAGGGAGCAGCUCAACAUCUUGAAAGCUAUGUCGACCAUGACUAAGGAGGAAGACAAUGAGAUGAAGUAUACGACAUUUGAGGUGUUUGCAGGUCAUGUAUGGAGAUGUGCCUGCAAGGCACGUGAACUAGCUAAUGAUCAAGAAACCAACUUUUACUUUGCUGUAAACGGAAGGACCAGACUGCAACCCCCACUCCCACCUGGUUACUUUGGUAAUGUGAUUUUCAGAGCCGCAGCAACAGCCGUAGCAGGGGAUCUUAUAUCAAAACCACUAUCGUAUGCCGCAUGCUGCAUUCACAAUGCUGUGGUGCGUAUGGACGAUGACUAUCUUCGAUCAGCACUCGACUAUCUUGAACUUGAGCAGCGUCGACAUCGGGAUCUGCCAAGCCUUGCUCGUGGGACUCAUGUUAGGUGCCCUAAUCUUGGGAUAACUAGCUGGUUUACGCUGCCCCUCUAUGAUGCUGACUUUGGAUGGGGGCGACCGAUUUUCAUGGGUCGUGCUGGGAUUCCAAGUGAAGGGAAGGCAUACAUGAUACCAACCGCUACUAAUGAUGGAAGUUUAUCGCUGUGCAUCAAUCUGGAGUCCCAGCAUAUGAAAUCAUUUUCCAAGUUGGUUUAUGACAUAUGAUCAUUAAGUAAUGAGGAAGAUCAAUCACAAGAUGUUUGAGAU